UGAUUUUAUAUUUACUCUUUUUACAUGGUCCACAGUGUGAUUCUAUAUAUUGAGCCUGAUACCAAGUGGGAGUUUAGAUGUUGAUAUAGUAGCUGAAGCUUAAUUUUCAGUAAUUUGUGGUCAUUAAGUUGCAGAACGUGCAAUUAUCAAUGAUUUCCAUUGGCCACCAAAAAAUGCGAUCGUUAUUUUAGAUAUUGAUUGCGUCGGUGGUGGACUUGUUAGACAUUGUUUGGUCUAUUCUUUUAACUUGCGGAUGCACCCGUUGAUUGUCUCUUAGCCUAUCAGUUUGUAUCAAAAUUACUUGUAAAGCCAUCCAAGAGAACGCAUAUAAGCUUAGGGCCAGUUUAAAAUGGUUGUAUACGAUAUGACUUUGGUUAGAUUAUGAAAUAUGAAAGCACACCACAUUUGAAAGGAUGCUAUAUCUCAUUCUCUAUGGUGUAAAUUGCAUAAAAAAAAAAAAAAUACAGUACUGGGUGCACACAUUGUCCCUGUAUUAUACAUUUGAUUAUCUCACUGUGAGCAAUGUUUUCUAUGUCAUUGACAAUGUUUACACGGUUAAAGGAUACAAGAGGACCGAAGCAGCUUGGGAAAACAUCAGUCAGAAUGGCGUCUGAGGGCAGAGCCCUGGGAGGAAAGAAGGGAAAAUAGGAGUAAAGAUUUAAAUAAUGAGAGGAAGAAACUCAAAGGAAGAUGAAGACUCAGGGUCUGACUGGGACAGCAUGUCAGAAAUGGAACCAGCUCCAAAGAUAGAGAAAAAGCAGGCAUUGAGUCACAGUCAGCAAGUGCCGGCUCCACUUAAGCUUAAAUCAAUGACCUUUGUUGAUCCAGAUGUCAGAAGAGAUCAAAGCGGAGAUAAUCCUCCAUAUGAUUUUAAGCCAGAAGUCAAAGCACCCACCCGAAUAGCAGAGGAAAAGCAAGUCAAACCAGGAAGGCAGAAGAAAGGAAAAACAUAUGAUCCCCAGGGCAGCCAACAGAAGCAUGUUACCUUCAGUGAGACUGAAAAGGAGAAUGAUACACCCACAGUCAACGGCAGUGCAGGAGGACAAGAGAGUGAUUCAGAGGACCCACUCUAUUCAACAGUGAAACCAAAAAGCAAGCAGUCUAUCCCUUCUGGCUCCAGCCAGCAUAGGAAGGGUGACAGCGAAGAAGAUUUCAAAGGGGGGAGAGGCGCCAAGACACAGAAAAAGGGAGUGAAGAAGGCGCUCCAGGGCUUGCGGAAUCCUAAAGCACAGGGAGUGGAUAAUAAGGCCUUUGUGGGGGAUGAUGAACAAGACCCUGUGGACAUGCCACCAAGAUCCCAAGCUCCCUUAGGGCCCAUCUUAAAGAAACCCGCAAAUACCAGUACCCCAACACAGGAUCCAAAUAUCAGCAAGAACCUCGGUACUGUGCCACUGCGACAGAGUUAUACGGGAGACCAGUUUAGGGCCAGUGGCAGUUAUGAGUCACAGCAUUUAAUUUCGAGCUUUGGCUACAAUGCAUUACCUGUGAAAGAAUGUCCACCACCUCUUGUCUUGUCUGUAGGAGAAACUGUCUUGGAAUCAGCUGGGAAAAAGCCAGUGGAAGUCACUAACCGAGCUCUAGGAGAAAUAUUUGCAUUUAUUACUUUUCCAUUCACCUGCUUUGCAUUAUUCUUUCAUCAUUUGCUUAGGUUUAUUCUUUUGGGGAUAAUAAGGCCACUGUUUGUUGACUCUCUGAUUCUCAUAGUGGAGUACCUCCUGCAUCCCUUUGUGAAUGGUGUGGUGAGACCCAUCCUGCUGAGUUUGUAUGGGGCAUCAGCAAGCGUCAGUGAAACGCUUGUGGUGUGUGUGCGUCCAGUCACGACUAUACUACAGUCCUUCAGACUUGUGGAAGUUAAUUACACUAGGAAGUAUUCAAUAGAAGAAAUUUAGGCAUCUUAUGUGUGUGAAAUAGGAUGAUUUAAUUCCAGCCAUUAUUCAGCACAUUUACUGGUUAUGGAGUUUUACAUGUAAUGAUUACUUGAUUGCAUGCUUGGAUAUGCUUAGGUAUUCAUUUGUACAGGAAAUCCACAUUCCUUUUCUUGUAUUGCGAUUAUGUGAUAUAAUAUUUUCUCUAUUUAUUUUAAAUAAGAAUGAGUUGUCAUAUCCCUAGACAUAUAUAGUAUAGUGAACUGCAAACAAGAAAUUUGAAUUAUAAUUAUGAUCCUUUAAGUUGAUCAUUAUAUACUGAUGCUUCACCAAAUGAUGCCCAGGGUGAUUUUUUCCUGUGGGCAACAGAAAUCUCACAUGCCUUAGCACUCUCAGAUAUUACGGAUAUGAGCAUUCUAUUAGAAAGAAUCUCCUCUAGUCUGGUAAAAGAUUAGCCAAAGAGAACACUAGUCAUUUAGAAGAGGAAUCAUUGCUCAAUGACAGCAGUUUCCUUAAUUCCAAAAGGUGCCUGAAUAGUGCCUAAUUAAGUAGUCUGAUAUAUUCUUGUUUGAACACAUUUUUAUAUUUCUUAUGAAGUAGAUUUUUUACCUGCAGCAUUAACUGUUGGAUUUACUAUGUAUAUAUUUGUCUUAUGAGUGUUGGGACCAUUUGAAUAUGGAAUAUGAUUUUAUAGAUAUUUAUUGUAUUUAUUGCACAAUUGGGUAUUUUUCUCUUCAGUAGAUGCACUAUGCAGUAGGAUAUUUCAGGAGCCCAUAGGUUGUGAAAGAACUCCAACUGAUCAAAACUGCAAUUAUGUAAUAGGGCAAUAACAGCAACCAUUUUAUGAUGUACUUCACAUAUACAUGAGUGUAUAUUUAUGCAUAUAUUUUUGUACCUCGGUGCAGGAUUGUGAAAAAUAGUCCAGUGAUAUUUUAGAUAAUUAAGAAAGAUAAUCCUGUACAGGAAAAAAAAGUAUAUACUUACAUACUUGCAGAUAUACAAAUUUCAUAUAGGUAACAGUCUGCAUGUGAAAAUAAGUUUAGAUAACAUGUAUAUUUUCACAUAUAUUUUUUUUUCUCAUAUAUUUUCCACAAAGAAAACAAUUGAGAUAGUUUAGAAUAGUAUUAAUGUGAGACAUAGAUUUGAAUUACAUCUCAGUAGACUCAUGAAUAUAGUUUUAAUAAGUCCGUCAGUAGCAUUGGUUACUCACUGGAUCUGGAUAGGUACUACCUCUCUCCAUGGUAGUUUUAUUUUUUCAACAUCAUUUACACAUAGUUGGCUUCACAUACACUACACUAGUCACUAAGGUGUCAUGUACUAGGCCUACCUAACGACACCUUGAAUUUUCAGGGGCAAAGUCUUUGUUUCUAAUCCUGUUAUUAUUAUUAUGAACAUUAUUAUUACUAGUGACAUUAUCAUAAUUAUAAUGCUAUUAAAAGUAUUUAUAGGAAUAAGAAUAAAACUUUUUUUCUGAGAAAAUCAAGGAUUAACAUAAGCAGGUGAUAUUAAAAAAGCCUCGUUACUGAUUAUUUGAUGACAACACACUUAUGGAAACGAUCAAUGUAAAUAAAAUGAUUAAAUUUAAAUCACAGUGGACAUGGGAUGUGUACAUGCCAUCCGAGGGUAAGUAUAUAAGAUUUAAAAAUUAGGAGGACAAAGGAGUAUGAUAUCUCAAUAUAUGUAAUGCAUUGAGAAUACUAUCAAUGAUUUGAAGUUCAAUGAGACAAUGACAGUGAUGGUGACGGUGACGAUGACUAAGAUGAAAAUGACAAUGAUUACAAGGAUGACGACAACAACUAGGACUGGGACUAGGAGUAUGACUAUAAUUAUUUUUAUGCUUAUUAUCAUUACUAUUAUUAUUAUUAUUACUAUUUUUAUUUUUAGUAGUAGUGUUAUUGUUACUAUUAUUUUUUUAUUAUUAUUGUUGUUAUUAU